AUGGAAACCAAACUAAGUCUUGCCAUUAAGGCUAGCAACCAGCUUAUUACUAAUUUACACCGCGACGGAUUGGAUCGUGGUUGUAUUGCAACAUUUAACGAAGAUCUGGUAAUCAGAGAGAGCUUCACUGACGAUGAAGAUGAUCUUCACCGUUCCCUAAAUGCACUAGUAAAUAUUGCAUCCGGUGGAACUAGUCUUUAUGAUUGCAUGUGCGAACUUAUAAGCGGACCCUUUUAUCGUAAAGGCGAUCGAUCUCGUCCCUGGAUUAUGAUUGUUGUGACAGACGGUAACGACUUUGGUAGCAUAAAAAGUCUCGAAACAUGUGCCGCGGAGAUUUGCAGCAAGUAUACCAGAGAAAACAGUAACUUUUUGUUUCUUCUUGGCGUUGGUGAUGAUGUAAAUUCUAGUAAGAUGGAAAAGUUUGCAGAGAAAGGCGGUUUCACAUACAUACCAGUCAAAGAUUUCCACCUACUCGAAUAUGUAUUCAUCUUACUUGCGCUCAAAAUUACUAAUUCUUUUAAUGUUUCUACUGGGGAAAUUUCUUUCGAUGAUGUAACUCUUGGUUGGGCCCAAGUUCAACGACAAAGACAACUUCGUCCAGUGGCUAUCGACUAUGCGUUAUUAAUUGAUGUAUCAGGAUCGAUGAGUGACAGAAUUUACGGUCCGCCUCCGGCAAAGUGUUUUGCAGGACAUGAUCUGAAGACGGCAUACUCGUAUAACUGGUAUUGCGAUAUCUGUGGUAAAGAUGGCGACUCAUCGGUAAACCUUAAAUAUCAUUGCGAAUCUGGUGUCGCAUGUAAACCUGUAGGCUAUUGUCCGCAAAACCACCCGUUAAGUUGUACGAAAAUGUCAAAAAAAUGGGUAUGCGAUGAGGAUCAUCGUUUGCAUAAUGGACUCAGUAUGCGCUGUCAAAGAUGUGAUUAUGAUAUAUGCAUAGAUUGUCGAAAAGAGCAAGCUGUUAUUAGUAGUUUUACAAGACUAUUGUUGAAUAGCCUAUCCAGUUCAUAA